AUGGCUGAGGGCAGUGAGGGCUGGUCGCGCGAGGAUGAGCUUGACCUAGGUCAGGAAGAUGAACGGCAGCCCGACCAAGACAUCCCCGAACACCCUGUACCUUCCCCGCACGAACCGGUGGACGAUGGAUUGGACACGAUAGAGCAUGCGGAGGACCGUGAUUCUGAUCAAACACUGGAACCAAAGGAUUCACUCCUCCCCGAAACACCACCGCAGCGCCAUGCAGACUGGGCUGCGACCGGGAGCUUGAAUGGAACGACCUCAAACCCUGACGAUUCACCAUCUCUACAUGGCUCAGUCCCAUCUUCACUGAGCAGUAGUGCGCUUGCACUCCAAUCCUCCCCGCGAAUUAGUCCCAGCCCGGCACGUCGGCCUUUCGAUCUUCGUUUCCAGUCCCGCCUAUCUUCAUCUCCGCAGAGUGUGUCUCGAGCUGGCUCGCCAUUCCUUGCGCAUCUACACUCCCGUCAGUCCUCAAUAACCAGUCAAGUUUCACAUAUACCAGAAGCGGAAGAGGAGCCAGUGCAGGGGCCUUGGGAUGUGGUGCGAUGGACAAAGCUACGGAAGAUCUCUGGACAGGCGUUUUCCGAGAUUGGGAAGCGUAAUUUUGGUCGGCCAACUUGUCUUGCUGUUUCCACGUCUAUUGUGGUAGGCACAUCGAAAGGAAUCAUUCUCGUAUUCGACUAUCAGCAAAGCCUCAAGACCAUCAUUGGAACCGGCACACAAGCUGUUGAAUGCGGUGCUGUUACAUCUUUAGCGCUCUCUGCAGACCAUACUACGGUCGCAGGUGGUCAUGACUCGGGCGACAUCUUCACCUGGGAGAUUUCUCGCUCCGCGAAGCCAUUUCUUCAUAUUCCACCAAUGCCGGCCAAUCAGGUAGAGACUCGGACGUCUGAUGGCCAUCUUUCAGGAUCUGCCGUCAUCCAUAUAGGGUUCCUCGGAACUAGGCGCACGGCGCUGGUAUCGGCUGACACGCGCGGCAUGGCAUUCUCCCACCUAGCAACACGAGGUAUGGGUGCUGUAGGGCGUACGGUGAAAACGAUACGAAUCCUUGGCCGUUACCCCCAGGCGAUAACAGAAACUAAGCGUCGGAAGCCUAGCUCGGUCCUUGCUUUCUCUCCCCUGCCGCUCGGAAAUGUGGAGCAAUCUACUGAUUCACUGGGUCUGGUUGCUAUGCUUACUCCCUAUCUUCUGGUAAUCGUGUCUACAACACCGGUGGCUCAAACCCAGCACAAAGCCCCUCGACCAAAGGAAGUGCAGGCUCAUGGUGCCAUGACUGGUGCCUUGGCUUGGUUUCCAGCCAUCCGACUCAAGGGAAAAGAUAGCCAGACAUCAAACACAAAGCUAGUAUACUGCUGGUCAAAUGUGUUGACAGUGCUCGAAGUCACGGAAGCCGAGACCGACGAGCCGACGGACAAGGACAAGCCCCCCCAGUCUUCUCUUCAGAGCACGUAG